UUUCAUAGUAGACAUAAUAUCUGGCACACUACUAAUCAAAAACAGAUUAAAGACCCCUAGGGGACCACGCGUCUCUGGAGAUAUAACUUGAACUUAAUGAAAUGCACUAACAGUCGCUAUUUUUUCAUCGGGGUUGAGAUGAGGAUGCGGGGGUUUGGGCCCCUCUCCCCUCUCGUGCAGGAUUCAGCCUCCAGCUCCUCCUCUGAUGCAUCGUUUGCAUCAGUACUUGGGAACACUUGUCCGCGCGCUGCUGUACCUCCCCACAGUGCAUUCACGGACUCCACUUCGCCAGGUGAUGACAGACAAACGCUCAAGAGUGAACAUGAUGUGUUUCUAACAGCUAGCUUGAAGUCGGAAUUAACGUAGAAUGGAGACGCGCCUCGGUCACUGUCUUUUUCUAAUUUUCUCUGAGUGGAUUUGUCUCUUCACCCUAACUUCCAUCCUGGGCGGAACAAAAGCGGAGGUAAGGUGCAUUCCCUCGUGCCAGCUGCCGCUCAUCAGAGCUUUUCCCCGGGAAGUCUCGGCGCUGGAUUUGACGCAUUUUGGCGAGGAACCAGCUGAUGAAUUUAUUGGAUUUACCGAGGGGUCACCGGGCGCAAAAUCCAUCACCGGAGAGGACGAAAAGCUCAACGUUGCGGAAUUACCCGCGAGCGAAGAAAGUUCGUCUAAAGUACAGCAACCUUUGGGGGGGAAUAACACAAGUUGCCUCCAGAAGGACGCGCUAAACGGUCAGCAGAAACUUUCCCACCCGAAAGUGUUUCCUCAAAGUGAUUUACCUGCGGCUGUCCCCUCUCCCAGUGACGGUAACUUCACCGAAAAUAGCAGCAGCAGUGAUGGAAAGAAUGACAGCUUUUACGGGGAAAAUGGGGCACAGGUCGAUGUGACGGUGAAUGAGGACGAGGAUGUGGCCAGUUGGAGACGAACGCGAAGUGCGAGGAGCGCAGAGACUUGGUCCGGUUUCAGACCCGAGGGCGGGGAGGAUGCUUCGUUUGCGGACCAGGAGGAGUUUCAGCUGACAAGUUCGACAUUUGCUCUCACCGGGGACACGGCUCAUAACCAGGCGAUGGUGCACUGGUCCGGACAGAACAGUAGCGUGAUCCUCAUGUUGACAAAAUACUAUGACUUCAACUCCGGCAGAGUAACGGAGAGUUCUUUAUGGAGGUCAACUGAUUAUGGGACCACAUAUGAGAAACUUAAUGAGAAAGUUGGGCCAAAAACCAUACUGAGCUACUUGUACGUGAGUCCAAACAACAAGAAGAAGAUCAUGUUACUGACUGACCCAGAGGUGGAGAGCAGCCUGCUCAUUAGCCUUGACGAGGGGGCGUCCUAUCAGAAACACAGCUUAGCGUUUGAUAUCCUCAGCCUGCUUUUUCACCCCGAGCAGGAGGACUGGAUCUUGGCUUACAGCCACGACCAAAAGCUGUAUGUCUCUGUUGAGUUUGGGAGGAGAUGGCAGCUUGUGCAUGACAGCGUCGUCCCCAACAGAUUCUACUGGUCCAGACUGGGUUUAGACAAAGAGCAAGGGAUGAUCCACCUGGAGAUCAGCGUCACUGAUGGACGGUCACAGUACAUAACUUGUAAACUUCAGAAUUGCUCUGAUGGAAACAAGGGCAAGCCUUUCCCUGGAUUUAUCAUCCCUGAUUCCCUGGUGGUUCAGGAUGAAUACGUUUUCAUCCAGGUGCCAGUAGGUGGCCAAUCUGUCCAUUAUGUGUCCUAUAAAAGAAAUGCUUUCUACCCAAUGAAGCUUCCCAAGUACACUCUGCCAAAGGACUUGCAGAUAAUCAGCACGGAUGAUAACCAGGUGGUGGCAGCGAUUCAGGACUGGCACCAGAAUGACUCUUACAACCUGUACAUGUCUGAGUCCAGAGGGCUGUUCUUCACCCUGAUGCUGGAGAAUGUUGUGAGCAGUGGAGGACCAGAGGGCAACAUCAUGAUAGACCUCUAUGAGGUUGCCGGGAUUAAAGGGGUGUUCCUGUCAAAUAAAGUUGUUGAGAACCAAGUGAAAACUUAUAUCACAUACAACAAAGGGAGAGACUGGCGUCUUCUACAGGCUCCAACAACCGAUCUCCAAGGAAACAAGGUCUAUUGUGAACAGCCGUACUGUUCGCUGCAUCUGCACCUUCAUGUGUCUGAGAAUCCUUACACCUCGGGAAACAUUGUCAGCAAAGAUUCAGCUCCAGGAAUUAUAAUAGCGUCAGGUGUGGUUGGACCAGAACUGACCAGUACUAAUGUCAGCAUUUUCAUCACAUCUGAUGCUGGAAACACCUGGAAAGAGGCUUUUCAGGAAGAGUACAGUGUGUUUUUCCUGAAUCAAGGAGGAUCUCUGGUGGCCAUCCGACACACACCUCUGCCAAUUAGACACAUUUGGCUGAGUUUCGAUGAGGGCAGAAACUGGGACAAAUAUAGCUUCACCUCCUCUCCGCUCUACGUUGAUGGGGUGCUUGGGGAGCCUGGAGAGGACACCCUCAUAAUGACAAUAUUUGGUCACUUCAGUCAUCGAUCUGAGUGGCAACUUGUCAAGAUUGACUUCCGGUCUAUUUUUCAACAUCGCUGCACAUCUGAAGAUUACCUGACGUGGCAGUUACACAAUGAGGGAGAAGUGUGCAUCAUGGGAAUGAAGCGAAUCUUCCAAAAACUGAAAGCAAAUGUUCAAUGUGUCAAGGCCAGAGAUCAGUAUAUUUCCCAGAUGUCAGACUCCUGCCUGUGCACAGAGGCAGAUUUUGAGUGCGACUAUGGAUUUGAGAGGCAGAUUGAUGGGAGCUGCAUUCCGGCUUUCUGGUUUGUUCCUUCAGCAACAUCGAGAGACUGCAUCACGGGGGACAGCUUCCUCAACACGACAGGAUAUCGUAGGGCUUUGUUUAACAACUGCACUGAGGGAACUCUGUUGCAGUACAGCCCCAGACGACAGAAGUGUCCCAGUCAGGUCCCUAGGGGCCUCCAGCUCUUCACCAGUGAGGGAACACUGGUAGCAACACUGGGGAAGAAUGUCACCUUCUUGGUCUUUCUGGAAGAGGGUCUCAGCUCCACGACGAGUAUAACAGUGGACUUCGGUGACGGCACCGCUAUAUCCUAUGUUAACAUAAGCUCCAUCGAUGACGGGGUCAAGCAUAUCUACAGUAAAGUUGGCAUCUACCAAGUGUCUGCUACAGCAACCAACACUCUGGGCUUUGACAGGGUGAUACUCUACCUCCACGUCUCCUGUCAACUUGAACAGGUCCAGCUCUCAGCUCCGUCAGUGGUCAUCAAGAACAAAGCAGUAAACCUGACAACAGUGUUACGCCCCAGCAAUGUGGGAACAGUCACCUACUACUGGUGGUUUGAUAACAAAACAGAGCCUGUAGUGACCCUGGAAGGAGGGAUGUCCUUCACCUUCUCCAAGGAGGGAAGUCACACUGUCACUGUCCAGGCUUCAGUCGGCAAUACUGUGCACCAGGACCAAAUGACUGUUGCAGUUUAUGAUUAUUUCCGGUCGCAUGUUUUGGCCUUUUCUUCUAAUUUGGAUGAGCUGAACCCCGGGGUGUCUGAGUGGAGAGAGGACAUCGGGAGAGUGGUGAAGAGCUCUAUGGUUCAGGUCACAGGUAUCAGUGAAGAUCAGCUCCUGGUCACAGUGCUUCCAGGUUUACCAACCACAGCGGAGAUUUUCAUUGUGCCUGAGAGGACGUCAAGAGAUCGAGCCAUGGAUGAAAAGUGGGCACACCUGGAUCAGCUUUCUCAGGUUCUGCUAAGUGCUCUGAACCAAGACCUCAUCCAGUUCACACUCAGACCGGGAGUGCAGGUGAAUGUGUACGCCACGCGGCUGUCUCCAGCUCCUCUUGUGGACAGCAGUGAUAGUGGUCACAGCAGCACUGCAGUCAUCAUGCUUGUGUCAGUCGUACUGAUGGGCUUGGCUGUCUUUGUAAUAUAUAAAUUUAAAAGGAAGAUCCCAGGCAUCAACACAUAUACAGCGGAGCAACCUGACAAAGAACAAGAGGUCAUCCCGACAGUGACCUCCAUAGCCGUCCCAAACCCUGAGGGGGAUAAGCUGACCUCGCUGGAUCAUGUGGAUGUACAGUUAGACUCAAAAAGCAGAGGCUACCUGCCAUCUCACACAGACAUCAAGCUCUCUGAUGAAGCGCCCCAUGUGUUUUAAUGUUGAGAGUCUAUGACCGACUCGAAAGCAAUACAUCUUCUUUGGCAGUUACUUCCAGCAAGCUAUGAAACCACGGUCACAAUGAAUGGUCUCGAGUGUUUUGCUACCCAUGCAUGGAUGGACCAGUUCACACUGUGCUGCCUAAUCCCUCUGAGGAGACUGUACAGAUUUAUACUUGCUUCUUGAAAAGGGACACUUUUUGACUGAAAAUACUUGUAUUUUUGCAAGGACAUUGAUCUUUUUAUGUAAAUAAUGUACAUCCAUAAUGGAAAAGUAAAAGUUAUUUGUCUCAGCUGGUUACAGCUGCGUCUGCUCAAAUAUGAAAAUAUCAAACAGCAGAACAGAAGUGAUGUAUAAUAAUAUCUCCAAAUAUGCUCAUAUUUCUGUUCUUCGGGCUUGUGUUUGUGAAGUUGAGUUUGUUUAACUAUGUGGAAAUAGCUUAUCUGAGUAAGACAGUGAGGGAACCAGAUUCAUUAAGCUCUGUACAAUCAGUAAAUCUUAUCAGAAGAUUCUCAUCAAAUGAAAGCUUGCAAUAUCCAGGAGAUGAAGGAUGGCUCCGAGUCCCAGAUCUGUGUAUUCCAUCAAGCCUGUCUCUUUGUCGCUCAAAAUGUUAUAUAUGUCAUAGCAAAAAUAAGAGCAGAAGAUCAAAAUGGAUAUACUAGAUAGGUAUAUAUGAGAACUCCCUCUUGUUUGUGCAACAGAAAUCCCUGUUGCUUAGGGGACUUGAGUUGUUUUAGUGGCACUGGAAUGAUAAAUGUUAAACCUACUCUAAAACAGAUUAUACACAAAUCUUCUGUCUCAUGUAAAUCAUGCAUAUGGAUUAUUGUUGCAGCAGAAAUCUUAUAUUUGAUUGUUUUCAGUUCGACUGUUAAACAAUGCAGUGACUUUUAAACUUUUCAAACACAUUUUUUUUUGUUGUUGUUGCCAGGAGCAUUCCUUGUGAAUUCUGGUUUCUACAAAGAGAACAAAAUGUAAAUUUUCUGAAUAAUUCCCGUGUUAACGACAGUGCAGCAAACACUUGCUGUAAUGCAGUAAAAAAGUACUACAGUGCCACAUCCAUAUGUUAAAUAAUUACUUAUUAGUUCAAGAUUUAUUAGCUAUUCUUUUGACGCAGAUACCAGAUUUACCACCACAAAGUUAAGACUCCUUGACACAGAUAGAAAUUUGUUUUGUUGCUUUUCUUUGAACUGAUCUCACUGGGAAGGUUGGGCUGCCUUGUUAAAGGAUCUAUCACAACACUGAAACUGUAACCGAUUUGAAUGGAAACAUGUUCUUUAUUCAGGUUGUUUUAAAUGUACCUUUUAUUUACGCUGGACUGUUUAUCUACCGUGACGAUGUCAACAUCAACACAUGGCAUUUUCCCUCAGUUUACAUUAAUGCAGAGGAGCCUGCAGUUUAUUCUAGGUUUGCCCCCAAGGACUCAGCGGACAAAAGGCUGCAAAUUUGUUCAUCUCUCUAGCUGCGAGGGACACAGAGAUAGAGAAGACGUAUCUCCUGUCAACAAGGCUCAGCCUACGCACAGAGCUUUGGUCAGCUGCUGUCUCUUUGGUAUAAGUACUGAAGUUCUUCUUCAUCAAACUUUUCUUUUUAAGUGUUGUCAGCAUCGUAUGUCAGCGGGACAAAUUGACUAGAGGCUUCUCCAUACUUCCUCCCUCCAAUGCUCCGAUUGAGCCUGAAGCAUAAAUAACUCGUCAUCAGAUGAAUGCUCUCUCCGCACCGAUAUCAGUGAAGUUUUAUUUUGUGCUUGUAAUUUACUUAACAGAUUUUUGUUAAGCCCCAAUAAUCAACCUGUGAAUACAAUUGUGAACAUA